AUGUCCGAGGAGUCGUGGAUUAACUCUGAAAACAUCACUAAUACCGAUGUUUUGCUCCACUUGGCGCGGCUGGCGGAGCAUGCCGAACGCUUUACGGAUAUGGCUGCAGCAAUGAAGAAGGUUACCGAGACUAAAAAGCCUCUUGGCAAUGAAGAACGAAACCUUUGUUCUGUGGCUUAUAAAAAUGUAGUUGGAGCUCGUCGUUCUGCUUGGCGUGUGAUAUCUAGCAUUAAAUGUAAGGAUGCUGACGAUGAAAAAUCUCCAAUUGCCGAACUACGAAGAAAGAUUGAACAGGAGUUGGAGGACACCAUGCUUGAUAAACAUUUACUUCCUAAUGAGACUACUCCAGACGGUUGUGUGUUCUAUCACAAAAUGAAGGGCGAUUAUUACCGCUAUCUCGCAGAGGUUCAAACUGGUGACAAGAGGAAGGAGGCCGUCGCGCAGUCUCACAAAGCAUACGAAGAAGCUACCAAGAAAGCCAACGAGUCACUGAGUGAGACCCAUCCUAUACGGUUAGGAUUGGCCUUGAACUACUCUGUCUUCUUCUACGAAAUUGAGAAUGAUCCUGAAAAGGCCUGUGCUUUGGCUAAGACUGCUUUCGAUGAGGCUAUUAGCCGACUUGAUCAGAUUAAAGAUGAAUCCUAUAAGGACAGCACCCUUAUUAUGCAGCUCUUACGGGAUAAUCUCACGGUAGGUCCUGUGAAUGCAUCUCUCAUUACUGAAUUUCAGUUGUGGACUUCGGAACGCGAUCCCGAGUGA